AUGGACUUGAACCAAAGGUUCAUAUACAUCAAUGAUGAGUUGGAGAACAGAGAGUUCAAUUUCCCCAACAACAAGAUACACAUUCAUACCUACUCGGUACUUCAUUUCCUCAAGAGGUUCCUCUGGCACAACACAUUUAGACUUGGAUAUAUAUAUCUGUUGCUGAUCACUAUUCUCCAGCUAAUCCCAUCACUUAGUACUAUUGGUACUUUUACGACUUUGGGACCAUUGUUGGUAAUGGUUGUGGCAACAUUUGUGUUGCAAUUGUUGACUACUAUUCAGCAACAGCGUCAUUUGGAUAGGGAUGUGAAUUUGAAGAAGGUGUCGAUUCUGCGUGGUGCAGUCUUCAAUGAUGUUGCCUCCUACAAGUUGAAGCCUGGCGAUGUUAUAAAGGUGUCGAACAAUGAAUACAUACCUGCAGAUUUAAUGUUGUUGGCCACUAGUGAUAUGGACAACGUGUGCAUGGUCGAGCAGUACGAGACGGCCGAUGGAGAAGUCAAGUUGUCGAGCAAGUCCGCACUAGAGUUCACCUCCACUCUUAAGGACCCAAGAUCUCUAGCAGAACUCGAUGCCAAGAUAUCAUGUAGCGAGCCUGGUACCUUGCCAUCAAACUUUAGAGGCCAGAUGCUCCAUGAUCGUGUUACAGAGAACAUAGGUUUCCAACACUUUGUUACUCGUGGCGCAAAGAUCACCAACACCAAGUGGGUCUACGGCUGUGUCAUCUACACUGGCCACCACUCGCUUGUGCCUGCCCUCGAGAUUGAAGGCCUGUCCACCAACAAAAAGACCAAGCUCGGACGUGUGGAGCGCAUGACCAACUACUUCUUGUUCUCGCUGUUGUCAAUCUCUGUGCUGUUGGCCGCCAUUUCGACCAUCGUGUACCGCACCAAGAUGGACUAUGAUACCUGGUACUUGGACCUAUCCAGCAUGACCGUCGCCACCAUGUUCUUCACCUUUAUCAUCCUCUACAAUGGUCUGAUUGCCAUCACACUCUAUUUCACCAUCGACAUCAUCAAGCUCAUCAACAUGACCUUUGUCAAUGAGGAUAUUGCCGGCUCUCGUCAGUUCCCCAAGUCGUCGACACUGAUUGAUGAGUUGGGACAAGUGGCCUACUUGUUCUCAGACAAGACUGGAACACUUACACAGAACCAGAUGGUGUUGAAGAAGUGUUCGAUAGGAGGUACCGUGCAUCUAGUUGACAAUUUGGCUGCCCCUGGACAUCAAAUGGAGCCAAUGAGCAACAAUAAUGGAGAGACCACAAUGAAGUUGUUCCCAGUUGACGAGGCUUUGUACCAAUCCAACCAGACUCGAAUGGACUACUUCAUGGCUAUCAUGACUUGCCACACCGUUUGCACUGAAGAUGGCGACCAAGGAGAGGUGUUCUACAAGGGUUCCUCGAUGGAUGAGUUGGCUUUGCUCAAGGGUGCCCUGUCCAAUGGCUACAAGUUGCACAAGCGUGUCAACAACUUCCUCUCUAUCUCUAUCCAGGGACAAUCCUACGAGUUCCAGGUAGUAGAGAUUAUUGGUUUCACAUCGUCCAGAAGAAGAAUGUCCGUCAUCGUUCGCAAUCCAAUCAACAACCAGGUGAUGCUCUACAUGAAAGGCGCUGAUGAGGAGAUCUUCCUGCGUCUGGCACCCAAGCAGCCAUUCGCCGACAAGACCAUCACCGACCUUGAGAACUUUGGCAAAGAGGGCCUUAGGACAUUGUGUGUUGCUCAAAAGAUACUAAAGGAAGAGACCGUUGUGCGAUGGGUCAACGAUUACCGUGCAGCCAAGUCCACUUCAAACGCCGAUGCCAUCCGUGCACUUGAGGCCGAGAUGGAGAGCAAUCUCACACUGUUGGGCGCCACAGCAGUUGAUGAUAAACUGCAAGAGGGAGUACCAGAGACCAUCCACACUCUCCGCUCGAGUGGAAUCAAGAUGUGGGUGCUCACCGGAGACAAGUUGUUGACUGCCAUGAACGUCGGUGCUAGCUGUCGUCUGAUCGACGAAUCAACCAUGGAGAUCCUUGUGCUGGCCGAGAACUCGGAGAAUGAAUGUGUCUCGAUGUUGAACGAAUACCUAGCAACCGCCACUGAGAAGAGGAACAAGAAGGACAUUGCCCUGGUCUUCUCGGGCACCAACCUCGAGUACUUGCUGUCCAACCCUACCACCAAGUUGCAGUUCCUCAAGCUUGCAGAGAACUGUAAUGUAGCCAUUGGUUUCCGUCUUUCCCCCAACCAGAAGUCAUCUGUGAUCAACUUGGUCAAGAACAACAUCCAGGAUGUCACACUCGCAAUUGGUGAUGGUUCCAAUGAUAUUGGAAUGAUUGACAAUGCAGACAUUGGUGUCGGUAUCAUUGGUCACGAGGGUAUCCAAGCUGCACAGACUGCCGACUACUCUCUUUCUGAGUUCCGUUUGCUCGAGCGCCUACUACUGUUGCAUGGCCGCAAUGCAUACCAACGUGUCACCUCGUUCAUCUUGUACAUCAUGAACAAGUCGGCAACACUUGUCUUUACGCAGUUCUGGUACACCAUCUACACACUGUCGUCUGGCUCGACGUUGUACGAUCCAACAACCAUCGUUCUGUACAGCUUCCUGUUCACACUGUUCCCAGCUAUUGCUCUUGGAGUCUUUAACCGAGCUGUGGGCACUGGUAACACCAACACAUUCCCAGAGCUCUACCAGGAUGGACCGAUGCUGGCGCACUUCAACUUCCGCAUGUUCUUCUUCACCAUCCUCUCGGCGUUGUACCAAUCGCUGUGCAUCUUCUUUGUGCCGGUGCUGAGCAUGAAUCGCGGAAUCAUCUAUGGCGACGGUCACAACAUUGACGAGUUCUACAUGGGAGUUCUGGUAUUCACCUGUCUGGUAUUCACUGUCAACUUCAAGGUGGCACUGGAGACUCUAACAUGGACAUGGGUCAGCAUUGUUGCAUUCUUGGGAUCACUUAUACUAUACUUUGGAUGGACUCUAAUUGCAUGUUCCUUUGGAAUUGGAGGUGAUUGGUAUAACAUCGACCUUCUCUCAUCAUUAUACUCAAGCGGAUACUUCUAUCUCAAUGUCAUUUUAGUUGUAAUUGUAGCAUUGUAUCCAGAAUAUGUUAUCAAAUAUGUACACCGAAGUUAUUAUCCAAAUAUGAAGGAUGUUGUACAAGAGAUGGAGAGAAAGAAGAGGGAUUAA